AUAACAUACAGGGACUCUCUCCAAAAACAGCAGCAUCCCUAUUCCAACUCAUCGGCAAACCCGGAUCACAACCUGGGAAACUUGCAUGGCCGGCUGUAUGACAGUUAAGGGGUUCGAGUCUAAUUCUUUGUCCAUCAUCCCCUUAAACCAAUGAAACAAGACCCUCCCUCCAUUAAUUAAGCUUUCCUCGACCCUGACUGCCGCGGGGUUUCACGCUAUCGCCGCUCUUUCCGAGCCGUGGGGUUACCUAUCGGACUUGGAUACUUUGACCAUGCAUUUCAUUCAUUCAUCAUCCAUUGCUGCUUGAGAUUUUAUCGAGACUUACCAAUUGCCCACUUUCGUCUCAUUCAAUCGUAAAAAUGGCGGCCACUCUGGUACAUCUCCCAUCGGAGAUCCUACACAACAUUCUCAGCUAUGUCGAUCCGGAAGACCUGGCCUGGCUUCCUCUCACAUGCCGCUCCCUCAACAACUUCAUCAAGGGCAAUAACCCCCUUUGCCGGGCCAUCUACCUGCGCAUCUUAGACGAACCCCCAGUAAGGGACCUCGACUUCGAGCAAGAGCUCCACGACAUCGUCAAGCUCAAGAAACUUUGCCUGUCCCAGCAGUCCACCACCAGCAACCGCCCCAACCAACACCCCCAAACCCACCUCCCCUUCGUCCACCGCACCGUCACCCGCCUCCUCAACCACGCCAUCACCGUCCCCACCACCAACCCCACCAAGAACAGCAACAACAACAACAACAACAACAACAACGACGAUAGCACAACCACAACUACCACAACCACCAACAGUCCCAACAGCAGCAGCAGCACCACCACCAAAAAUGCUACUAAUAACACCACCACCCGCACGCGCGAGUCCCGCGGCCGCACCUUCCCGGAAUCAGAGAACGUGCGCUUCCUCGCGACGCUCUUUGAGGCAAGGCCAGCCGCCCGGCGCAAGUUCAUGGCGCGUUCGUUCUUGUAUGAGCGGGCGCAUGUGCUGGGGGUGAGCGGGUUUGGCGGCGGUGGUGGUGCGGAGGUAGAACAGGGACAGGGAGGGGGGUCUAGGUUGGCGGGGGGUGGGAGUGGGGGUGGGAGUGGGAGUGAUAGGGGUGCGUUGUAUGGAUGGCGCAUGCCCCGUGAACCCCGCGAGGCGUGUCAGAUGAGCGCGAAGCUGCAUUGUCUGUACGGUUGGGGCCUGGGCUUCGAGGGCGGCGGGCGCCCCGGCGCGACCGAGGACGCAUCCUGGGGCCAGGCGCUCACCUUCGCGCGCCAACGGGGCGGUGUCUACCCGCUUGCGUGCUCCAAGGUGUAUGACCUGAGGGAGUAUACGAGGGGGACGAAGUGGGGGCCUUUUCUGGACCUCGGCGGGGGGGAGGAUGCGGAGGUGAGGGUCGAUUGGGAGAAGGUGGAGGCUAUUAUGGUGGUGCUGGGGGCGAAUAUCAGGUGCAAGGGCGUGGAGCGGUUCCCCAUCUUUUGGCAGUUCUGGGGGAAGCCGUUUGCCGGGAGCUGGAAGGGGAGUUAUAUCCCCUGGUCGCGGGACAGGGAGAAGGGGGAGGAGGGCGAGGUGAAGGAGCUCGACCAGCUGGACCCCUACGGGGUUGCGGGGAGCUGGUUGCGGGCUGUCAGUUUUCUGGACUUUAGCGAUUUCUUCCACUUCAACUUCCCCACCUUCGACGAGCUACCGCCCGACGUGCCGCGCCCGCCCAUCAACGUCGGCCAGGCGACCCGGCUCAUCCUGAUGCGCAUCCGCGUGGCCAAGGUCGAGCCGCCCGGGCCCGGCGACCACCCGGACCACCCGGUCACGCACUUCGCCGGCUUCUCGCGCGCGGUGGAGGGGUCGUGGGAGGCCGACGCCGACGCCGCCAUCCGCGGCACCGUGCGCGUGACCCCCGAGGGCGAGGUCCGCUGGACGUCGUACUCGGUCUUCCACGGCGAGGAGAGGUGGAAGAGCGAGGGCGUCCAGAUCGGCGGCAUCAGGUCGGCGCGCGGCGUGGUAGGGACCUGGUUUGACAAGGACUUCAACCCCCAGGGGCCCUGCGGGCCGACGGCGUUUUGGAAGAUCUCGGACCGCGAGGAGACAAGCGACGAGCCGCAGGUUUUGUUGGAGGAUCUCUAUCCGAUUAUCGCUGCCGAUCCGGAAGAGAAGGCCAUGGACGAGGACGAGACUGCGCAGGUUGAGUUCGACCUGGAAGCUGGAGUAGGGGAACCCUUCUGGCCGGACGGUGCCGAGGAUGACCUGGAGGACGAGAUGGAGGGGCUAUACUUUUUCGAUCCCCAGGAUAUCUUUGACGAGUUUGAUGUGCUGGAUGAGGAUCCGGAUGAGGAGGGUUAUGGACUCGAUGGCGAUGACGAUGACGACGAUGACGACGAGGACUUAAUUGCUACGCUCGCGCAUGGCUAGUGGUUUGCGGGCGGGCAUGGUUAAAGCGAGACUCUAGACCUAACUGUGCGCUACGAAUUCGAAUACAACAUUUGCAAUAGCCAGAAUUAUGCGCUCAGGGGUAUCCACGAGUCACUGUGCAACCUUCCACGACACCCGGGCUCCUAGCAUCUCUCUCUUCACCACCCCACCAACCAACCUCGACGUCCCAUCGCAUACCCUAUUCCCCCAAAUCCAGAAACCCCCCCACCCCUCAACAACAACAACAACAACGACGACGACGACGACGAUAACCACCCACCCAACAACCCAAUCACCACCUUAAACCUUAGCCACCCC